AUGGCAGCCCCGGAGAGCGUGACUAUCGAGAACUUGACGGGUACAUGGACCCUCGACUCAAAACUUUCGGCCGACGCUGAUCCUUUACUUUCAUUGCAAGGAAUAGGCUGGAUUGUUCGAAAAGGUAUAAAAUUAGCGACCGUCACCAUUAAAUUGAAGCAAUUUGUUGGCAAAAACCCUCAGGGCGACAAUGAAGUACUGCAACUCACCAUCGGUCAAUCAACUGGCACUGGCCUUGGUAGCACAACCGAGAAUCGGCUCUUUGAUGGUACUGAGACCUCGCAUGAGGAUCAUAUCUUCGGGAAAACCCUCACCACCUCCAAAUUAAUAGGGGGCUCUGCUUCUUCAGAUGGAAAGAUAAGACCAACCAUUGACAUACAAACACAAAUCAAAGACCCGGAAGUCGCGAAAUUCCUGAGGGGGGAAAUUACCGACGACCUGAAGUUAUCAGAGGGUUAUCUUGUUGAAGGGGCCCAAACAGAGCACGGAAAAGCAGUAGGACAAGAGGGUGUAUGGGCCCACGUGAUAGUGAAGAAUAAUGAAGGCAAAUGGCUUGCUGAACAGGUCUGGGGGUUUGAAACAAUCAACAACGAACGUCGCUAUGUCCGUCGCACAGUGGUAUCUGACAAAAAGAAUUACAAACUGGGUCGGUUUGUAUAUUCAUAUGUUGGCCCGGAAUCAGAUUGA